AUGCCCAAGCCACGACCAUACAGCAUAUCCCUACUCCUCGCCCUCCUCCCCCUCCUUGCCCUCGCGGCAGCCCAUGAACCGCUGACCCCACUUCCACCCACCGAUGGGCAACGGCCGCUGUCUGUCCCACCGUUACCUGCGCAAAGCAGCUCUGGAUCUGGCAAAUGGAGAUUGUCCGAGAGAUAUGAUGGAGAGCAAGUAUGGCGGAUCCGUCUCGGCGGCGGCGACCUCACGAGGAUGAGGGAUAUCCUCGAAUCUGUCGAUGAUUUCGAUUUGGAUAUAUGGGGAACAACCGCUACAACCAUUGACGUUCGCCUGACGGACAGGCAGAAGGACAUGCUGGAAAGCGCUUUGAAGCUCGCGUCAGAGUCUGCGCUCGAAUCAUUCAUCCCCGAUCUCCAAGCUCUCAUAGAAGCUACAGCUCCUACUCAUCACGACAUCUCCGACUCUGGUAUCCAAGAUCCUCUACAUCAGGAUCUUGAAGAGUCUUCUGGCGGGCCAGAAAUCAGCAAGAAGAAAUCAAAGCCCCCCAAACCCGACCCCUUCAAUCUCACUACUCUUCUUACGCCUUUCCACGAUUCUUAUCAUUCGCUCGCCGAUAUCGCCAAGUUUGGCGAUUGUCUAGUCGAAACAUUCAAUGGUGAACAAGGCCUCGAAGUGUGGGACUUCACAGUGGGAACAAGCUGGGAGGGGAGGGAGAUUAAGGGGUGGAGUGCCAAAUUCGGCAAUGAGCUAGAGAACGGCGAAGAUGGGGAUGAAGAACCCCGCCGAGAGAUUGUCAUUAUGAGCGGUCAACAUGGUCGAGAGUGGGUCGGCCCUUCUUCGGCUCUCUACUUUCUCCACUCGACUAUCCUCUCUGCUCUAUACCCCUCCAUCAACCCUGAUCCAUCUCUCCUACUCCGGCACUUUACAGUGACGAUCAUUCCCUUGAUCAAUCCCGACGGCUUUGAAUACUCUCAGCACCACCGAAUGUGGCGCAAGAACCGUCAGGAAGUGGGCCACAAAUCGUGCUUGGGCAUCGACCUUAAUUCAAACUGGGGAUUCAAGUGGAAGGGGCAAAAGAAAGUGAGGCCAUGCACGGAAGGCUUCCCAGGGAGAGAGGCGUUCGAAGCCGAGGAGACGAAGGCUGUGGCGGAUUGGCUGGAGUCAAAGAAGGCGGAGGGUGUCACUAUCAAGAGUUUUGUUGACCUGCACAGCUACGGCCAACUUUUCAUGUUCCCUUACGCCCAUUCUUGUGACGAUUUCCCCGUCGACGCAGAGAUGCUCAUGGAGGCUGGUAUGGGUGUCGCAAAGGCCAUCCGUACUACGCAUGGACAAGCGUAUGAAACAGGUCAGGCCUGUGACUUGACUUAUAGGCAGCCUGGAGACAGUGUGGACUAUUCAUACGGGGUGGCGGACAUCAGAUGGUCAUACUCUGCCGAGCUCAGAGACACGGGAACGUACGGAUUUAUGCUGCCCAAGGAUCUAAUCAGGCCUACUGCAGAGGAGAUCUCGGCUGGUAUACUACAUUUGGCCAAGUUUAUCUACUUGAUGGAGGUAGCCGAUUGA